UGACAACAGCUGAGCCGCAGCAGGCAGCUGAGGCAGGAGCUGGAGCAGAAAAAUCCGGGCUGGAAGACAGCAAACAGGAUGAUGUCCUGGCGUGAUUAUGGAUUUAAUUCGUUAUUGCAAUUUUGAACUACUGGCCUGCGCGAUUCUCAUCUCAUCGCUGUUUGUGAUAGAUGGUAUAUCCUCUGACAACCUGCCUCCAUCUGUCGACCAGUGCUCCCCGAACCCAUGCCAAAACCGGGCAAUAUGUCGGCUCCGUGGGGACGGAUACUCUUGUUUCUGUGUGCCAGGUUUCCAGGGUGCUCACUGUCAGAUCGACGUAAACGAGUGUGUUUCACAGCCCUGCAGGAAUGGAGCCACCUGUGAGGACAGGGUGGGCAGAUUCUCCUGUCUGUGCACCCCUGGGUUCACUGGGGUCACCUGCGAGGUCCAGAUUGAUGAGUGUCAAUCACAGCCAUGUCUCAAUGGCGGACGUUGUCAUGACUACGCGGGCGGCUUCACUUGCACCUGCGUUGCCGGUUUUCAAGGACAGCAGUGUGAAAUCAACAUCGACGAGUGCCAGGAGCAGCCGUGCCAAAAUGGAGCUCUGUGUAUAGAUGGGGUGAAUGACUACAGCUGCGACUGCUCUCAAACAGGCUUCACUGGCCAACACUGUGAGACCCCCUCACCAACACCAUCACCCUGCUCCUACGAUCCCUGCUUCAACAGCGCCAUCUGCAGGGACAAUCUGGAGAACUACACCUGUGAGUGCUGGCCUGGAUUUGAGGGGAGUCGCUGUGAAAUAGACAUCAAUGAGUGUCGCAGCAGCCCUUGUAUGCAUGGGGGCAGUUGCAUCGAGAGGUCGUGGCAGGCUUUGUACGGAAAUGAGCCUCUUCUGCCUGAACGCUACGACCACCGACAUGCAGCAGGUUCCAUAUGCAGCUGUCCCCCUGGAACAACAGGAUCCCUCUGCCAGGAGGUAAUAAGCCAGUGUGACCCCAGUCCAUGCCAGAAUGGGGGGAGAUGUGAGAGCCGUGCUGGAGGCUACCGCUGUCACUGCCUCAGACCAAGUCGCGAUGGCAUCUUGUACGGUGGAGAAAACUGUGAUGUGAAGUUAGUGGGCUGCGAGGGCCACGAAUGCCAGAACCAAGGCACCUGCUCUCCAUUCCUGUCGGACGGGACUCACGUAUACACCUGCACUUGUUCACCUGGAUUCACGGGACCUCUCUGUCAUGUUCCCACCACCUUUUCCUUUGAACGCAAAGGUUACCUGCUCCUGCAGAAUCCCCUGGCGGAUGUUGAGGUGGCCUGCAAUAUCACCCUGAGCUUUAAGACUGUUAUGCCCCGAGCCCUGUUGUUCCAGCGUAACACACGGGGGCUUCUGCUGAGGCUGGAGCUCGAAGGAGGGCAACUACGCCUCACCCUCACCAAGGAGACCUCUGCUGGGGCCGAGGCAGAAAGCCCAAUCCAGGUGCUGGAGCUUUUGCACGAUGUCGCCGAUGGGCAGUGGUAUUCUGUGGAGGCUGUUCUAGGAAACUGGCUACUCAGUCUCAAACUGCUGAAUGAUGCUGGGAAGUGUGCAAGACAGUCGUGUCACAAGGUGGCCCCCAUCAUAAGCACUGUGGUCGGACUUGUGUCACCUCCUCAAAACACAUUUAUUGGAGGAAUGCGGCAGGACUCUAGUGGCCCCAAUGCCUAUACUUCACUCCCUGCAUUCAUUGGAUGCAUGCAGGAUGUGUUUGUGGACUGGCAGCUCAUCGUCCCCGAGGAAUGGCUGAGUGACUCUGCCGUUAAUGUGUCCCCCGGCUGCAGCCACAGGGACCGCUGCCUAGACGUGCCUUGUCAAAACAGAGGACAGUGUGUGAACCUGUGGCAGAGCUACCAGUGCCAGUGUCCAAGGCCUUACGAGGGGGAAGACUGUGAGGAAGAACAUGUGACCGCUCGCUUUGGGAAUGAGGACUCUCACAGCUACGCAGUCUUCGCCGUCACUGACGACCUGAGUCACAACUUUUCGAUCUCCCUCUUUCUGCGCACGCGGAGGACCAGUGGUCUUCUUUUGGCGCUCACCAACAGCGGCAGCCAGUACCUGCACAUGUUGCUGGAAGAGGGCAGAGUCACGGUUCGCCUCAACAGCUCCGAGAGCCUGAAGUCAGACAGUGCCAUUGACGAUGGAGAAGUCCACUUUGUGAGUGUAGAGGUGGACGGUGGACUGAUGACGCUUUACGUAGCAUCUCAGAAACAAGGCGAUGUGGAGGUUGGGACAGUCAGUAUCCAGGCAGGUGACUCUGUGUAUGUGGGAGGCCUGCUGGAGGAGAGUGCGACUUCAGGGUUUGGUGGAUUUUUCAAAGGCUGUAUUCAGGACCUGAGGAUUGGUGACAGGAGGCUGCAGUUCUUUGGAUUGGACACUUCGGUGAAAUCUUAUCCUCUGGACCUCAUGGAAAAUGUGACUGCCGGCUGCUCCGGGGACAAUGCCUGCAGUAGAAAUCCUUGUCAAAACGGUGGAAUUUGUUACUCAAACUGGGAUGACUUCACCUGUGCGUGCCCCGCCAGUACGGUGGGGCGGCGCUGCGAGGAGGUGAAGUGGUGUGAGCUGUCGCCUUGCCCCAGAGACGCAGAGUGCAGGAUGCUCAAUCAAGGAUAUGAAUGUUACACCAAUGCCACCUUCCUGAACGAGAACACAGUGAUGUCCUACCGGGGAAAUGGCUUCAUAUCGCGCAACCUGACCAACAUCUCCCUAAACCUGCGCACAAGGAAGCGCAAUGCAGCUAUUCUUCAUGCGGAAAAGGGCUCAGCCUUUAUCACGGUCUCUGUCCAGGACGGCCUCCUCUUCAUGGAGCUUCAGAGCACCCCCACAGAUCACAGUGAGGUGGGGGGAGAGGACGGUCGAGUCAGGAGUGUGUCUACGGUCAGUCUCAGCAGCAGGAGGACCGUCAGCGAUGGUGAGUGGCACAAUGUGCACCUGUUCAUGGCUGCGCCGUGGGCACAGACCUCUCGGUGGACGCUGGUGUUGGAUGAGGAAGUAGAAGAGGCCACUACCUCCAGGAGUCAAGGAGGAAACCUGGACUUCCUCAGGCAGGAGGUGGACAUAUUUUUAGGGGGCCUGGCCCCUGACGCUGGCUGGUCCCUGGCUGGUUGUCUGGGCACUGUGGAGCUGGGUGGCAUCGCUCUACCUUACUUCACCUCCUCUGAUGUGAACCUCCCACGCCUGCAGGAAGAGACAUUUGUCCGUAUGUCGUUGCAUCCGCCUCUCGUGGGCUGCAGCGGGGCGUCCGUGUGCGAGCCCAACCCCUGUCUGAACGGGGGCGAGUGCCAGGACCUCUUCAACACCUACAACUGCAGCUGCACAGAGGGCUGGGCGGGGAGGCACUGCAACUUCUUCAGGGACACCUGCGCUUCCAACCCCUGCGUUCAUGGCAACUGCAGCAUCAACGGGCUGACCUACGAGUGCGCCUGUGACUUUGGCUACGCGGGCGUGGACUGUGAGGAAGAGGUGGACGUGUGCGAAAACCACCUGUGUGCCCAUGGGGGCACCUGCUUGCACGGGCCGGACCGCUACGCCUGCCUCUGUGCCGAGAACUACACCGGACCUCUCUGCAAUGAGCGCGUUGAAGAAAUUCCAUGGUACAUUGUUGUCAAAAAUGUACGACCAAAGCUGCCGGUUUCUGUGUGUGGUGACGAUAACAGAAAUUACACCUGCUUCAACGGUGGAAAUUGCACUGAGCGGGAGCUUUCCUGUGACUGUCCACCAGGAUUCAUCGGUCACAGGUGUGAACAGGAGGUGGAUGAGUGCAAGUCCAACCCCUGUCUGAACGGAGGCUACUGCCGUAACCUCAUCAACAAGUUUGUCUGUGUGUGCGACAUGAGCUUCGCUGGAGACGUGUGCCAGACGGACCUGACCUCGGGGGGUUUGACCUCUGACCUCUUGCUGUCCAUCAGUCUGGCGUCUGUCAUGCUGCUGCUGGUUCUCAUCCUGAUCUCCGUCGGCCUGGUGGUGGCGCUGAAUCGCAGAGCAACCCACGGCACCUACAGCCCCAGCAGGCAGGAGAAAGACGGGUCGAGGGUGGAGAUGUGGAGCAUCACGCAGCCGCCGCCCAUGGAGAGGCUGAUCUGAGCUGCGGGUUGCGCCUGGGUGCGCGUGAAGAGAGAUGAGCCGGUACCGUCUAAAGAAUGGACGCCAUGGGACGCUUCUCACAUGCAAAGUGAAGAAGGUUCAUUUUCAGUUGACGAUCCUGACCAGCCUGCCGAGAGACACAGUAACCUGCAGCCGUCUAUCCAUCUUCAGCACAUGCAGGAAGUGUGUUGUUUCAUUGUGUUACUGCUCAGCUGAGACUUUCCUCCAUCUCCCUGCAGCGACUUGCACCGGUCGACCCGGUGUACGAGUUCAACCAUCUAAGAGCAUAGAUCUGAGCUCAGGAUGUAUUGAGUGUGUCAGAUGCUUGUUUGAUCUCAUCCAUAUUUCUGUGAUUGAAGGAGCAGUGAGCACCGAAAAACUGAUAUCAAUCUUGGAGACGGAGUUAUACUGAAAAUAACUCAGUAUGCUGCAAACAGCUGCUUCCGCAUUUUCUUAUUGCAAAAUAAAUGCGAAUUAAAAAAAAAAAAAAAAAAAAAAAAACAGAACCAGCACCACGAUGGUUCAUC